CGCCCAGCCCAACAGGAAGACAACAAGCUUCCAAGCCUUAAUACGAUGAACAUUCUCUGCUGUCGGCGCCAAUUACAGAUUUAAUUUUCGCCCAGAGGCGAGCAAAUUAGUAAAAUGCCCUUAUUUGAUGGGUUGGGAAGUGGAGGAGAGAAGACCGCGAUAGUCAUUGAUUUAGGAGCAGCGUACACAAAAUGUGGCUUUGCAGGGGAAACGGGGCCCAGGUUCAUAAUUCCGAGCGAGAUCCGGAAACCGGGACAGCAGCAGGCCACCAAGGUGGUUCAGUACAACAUCAACACAGAAGAGCUCUAUGUAAUCCUCAAAGAGUUUAUCCAUAUACUGUACUUCAGGCACCUGCUGGUGAACCCUCGCGACAGAAGAGUGGUCAUCAUCGAGUCCAUCCUCUGCCCGUCCCACUUCAGGGAGACGCUCACCAAGGUCUUCUUCAAACAGUUUGAGGUUCCCUCUGUGCUGUUUGCGCCGAGUCACCUCAUGGCCAUCAUGACUUUGGGCAUCAACUCUGCUCUGGUGAUGGACUGUGGACACACGGAGACUCUGGUGCUGCCUGUGUAUGAGUGCACUCCUAUUCUUCCAGCCUGGGAAGCUUUGCCACUGGGAGGGAAGGCCAUCCAUAAAGAAUUGGACGGACUCCUGGUGGAGCAGUGCACCGUGGACACCGACACCACCACUGGACAGAGCGUACCGGCUGUCAUCGGGACCAUCCCAGAAGAGACCGUGGAGGACAUCAAGGUGAGAACAUGUUUUGUCAGCGACCUGCAGAGAGGCCUCAAGAUCCAGGAGGCCAAAUUUAACCUGGACGGCACAGCGGAGCGUCCAGCCCCUCCGCCAGAUGUUGAUUAUCCUCUGGAUGGAGAGAAAAUCCUGCAUGUCAAAGGAUCUAUCAGGGACUCUGUGAUGGAGAUCCUGUUUGAGCAGGACAAUGAGGAGAAGAGCGUGGCCUCUCUGAUACUCGACGCUCUGGUCAAGUGCCCCAUCGACACUCGUAAAGUGCUGUCUGAGAACCUGGUGGUGAUCGGAGGCACGGCCAUGCUGCCCGGCUUCCUGCACCGCCUGCUGGCAGAAAUACGCCUCCUGGUGGAGAAGCCCAAGUACAGCGACGUGUUGGCCAGCAAGAGCUUCCGCAUCCACGCUCCUCCCGCCAAACCCAGCUGCACCGCCUGGCUCGGAGGCGCCAUCUUCGGGGCCCUCCAGGACAUCCUGGGCAGCAGGUCGGUGUCGAGGGAUUACUACAACCAGACCGGCCGCAUCCCGGACUGGUGCUGCCUGAGUUCGCCUCCGCCCGAGUCUUUGUACGAAGCAGGAAAAACUCCACCUCCGCUAAUGAAGAGAGCGUUCUCCACAGAGAAGUAGAACACGCUGGAACAUAAAUUAAACUCCGGUUCGGUAGUCUUUCAUAUAACAUCUCUGCUCUCGUCGGUUUCAUUUGUUAACUACACACACAGCUCAAGGUGUUCCUAGUGUUGAGUCGUUAACGUCGUGUUUUUUUUAUGCACCGUCUGUUUGACGCCGAGGUGAGCGGACGGUCGGAUUUUUAGGCUGUUGCAUUAAUAUUGCACAAGAAAUGGUCCAGUGUUAAAAUUUUUAAAAGUGCUACGUGCAGCCACGUGUGUGAGCGAGAUCCUGAAUCUGUACGUGUUUCCUGUCGAGCUCGUUUUCUUCUGUAUUUUGGUGUCAGUUGGACUGAAAAACAGUGUGUUCAGCAGAAAUCAUUCAGAUGAAGUUAAAUUAGUCAUCCGUUUAUCGGCAAACGUACAGAAAAUGUUGCUCAACUCCGGAGACAGCAGACCAUCAUGAACCGUGGCGUCAUCAGAAGAAAGAAAAACAAUUCCAUUUAUUUAUUGUCUGUACUUAAAUGUGUGAAGUGACUUUAAAUACAUUUAAACUCCUGCACACACUCUCAGGUGUCCUCAGUAUUUCCUGAUGAACAUUUCUCUGGUUUGAGGCUACGUUCACACGAAUACACUUUGAUUCUAAAGUGCACAACUUCUGCUACGUUCACCCAAAGCGUCCACGUUACUCUGCCACAUAGUGAGCCCAGUAGUACGUCAUUAGGUGGACACUUUGCCACAUAGUGACCCGUAUUCACUACGCCUCAAGCUACGGUCACACACAAGUCAUCACUGGGCUUCUACACAGAAUUUAUCCUUUAGUUUACUGAGCUUGGGAUAGUUUUUGUGCACAGAGGUUUGAGAUUUGUGUCCUAUGAUGUAAUUUGUGAGCCAAUAGUUGGAGAUUUUGGGAACCAGCUAGCUGACGUUUAGCUUAGCUUAGCAAAACGGAGUGGAAACGGGAAGUAUGUUGACUUGUGAUUGAAAUAGAAACAAGUCAGAGCUUCUUUUUUUUUUAAAUCAUAUAGCAGAUUGAUUAUACAGUCAGGUGUUGCCAGACCAUUCUCCAGUGCUGCAGAAUAUUCUGGCCAUGCAGGACAAGCAACACUAAUACAUUUCAAAAUGCACAGCUGUGUUUACGCUGAGCGACUACACUACUCCAGCGUUUAAUUAACAUACGAUGGAGACUUUAGGAAACAUUGCUGACCUCAGUGUCGCUGGAAAGCUUCGAGGUUGUGUUUUACCGAAACAAUCAUGCAGACGUCCGUGUUUUCUUUCUGACUGGAUCUCACUGUUGUCACUUAAUUCGUCGUGCAAAUUAAUUGUUAUCCUGAAAAUACAAACACAUCAGCAUUGAUGAAUUUAACACAGAUAAUCAACUGCAGAUGUUUCUGACCUCGUAGCAGCUGUUGUGCAGUUAAAGAAAUAUCCGGUCCGUAGUAUUCUCGACAACAGUUCAAAUCAAAACGCCUCAAAAUGCUGUUUUAAAAUAAGAUGGUAUUCAUGUGGAUGUCGCUUCUGGUGCACUUAAAAGACAAACAAAUGUAAAUCUUCUGCUCUGACAGGUGCAAAGGUUUGAGGAGAUGUUAUUUAAUGUUCUAACCAGAGUUUUGAUCAGGCUAAACAACUGAGAACACCAUUGGAUGUGUAGUUUAAGGUCAUUUAAAACAAACUUCAGACAGAAAUGUUGCUCUGUAAACCUGAAAAACCCUCAUUACAACAAAUAAACACUCAAGCAGA